GCCUUUGGCUGCCCUUUGACAUGCAGGACCUGGGAAAGCUGAGAAGGAUGGAGUCCUCGCUGUGGUCAGUAGAAUCUAUGGCGCCCUCACGUGAGUGGACAUCCCAGCACGGCCUGAAUCAGACCCAAGGGGAAACGCUGAACCCUCUGGUGGCGCCCCCUAUCUCGGAUGAGGUGGGAGAGGAGGUUUCUGUGGAGGAGGUUAUCCAGAUGACUGAGAUGGUCCCUAUGGUAGAGGUCCCUGUUGCGGAGUUGGUCUCUAUCGCCGACACUGCUCCCAUUGCUGAGGUCCCUGUGGCUGAGGGGCUCCCUGUGGCUGAGGGGCUCCCUGUGGCUGAGGGGCUCCCUGUGGCUGAGGGGCUCCCUGUGGCUGAGGACAUCCCCGCAGUGGGGGUAUCUGUGAGUCCCAGUCCACCCGUGGUCAAUGUUCCCCCCACACCUUCAGAAACAAGCCAUCUGAUGAAAGAGAUGAAUGACGUGGGUCAGCAUGAGACCUCUUUCGAAUCGUUGCCUGCAUACCUCCCCUCCACUAGCUGGCUAGCAGGCUCUGGGAACAACUAUUAUUACAGCAGGUUGCCUCCUAGAGAUCAGGAGCAACACAGAAUCCUCAGUGGCUGUCCCGCAGAGCUGUCAAGAAAGAGGCGAGUUGUCAAACCACAGCCUCAAGAUCACCUUGGGGCACAGGGAAGGGAGUGUGGACACAGAGCUAAGAUGGACAGAAGAAGCCUCUCCGACAACGAGUGCUGCGCCAGCCAAAAUAUCAACAAAAACCCCCCUGUCCCAUCUAGCUCGAAACAGGAGCGCUUCUGUGCCAGAUGUUUGACCAAACGCAGAGCUCUCAUGUCUGUGCCAGAAGCUCGACCAAUCAAGAGGAGGGAGGUCCCUGUCUCAUUGUGGGAUGACGCUUUGGCCACCAGCAGAUACCAUCCCAGGAAGAGGGUAGCUGGACGUUCGAACAUCUCCGCUGUCCACAAGGAAGAUCAGACCAGGGGAGAGUCUUCAGAGAACGGCUCAUGUCGGGCCAAACCCAAAGGGCUCGAGGACCCAGCGAGAGCCCCCGAACCCCGAAGGCCUCUGUCCACAAAGAAACAAGUGGAGAAAUGCCCCGUUGGUCCGCAUGCUAAACUCCAAGACAAGCUCUGUGCCUGCCAGGCUCACCUGCACGCCACCUGGGAAGGGCCCCGCCGCCACAGGCGCGUCGUGCGGGAGGACAACGAGGAGAACCAGGCCGUCCCACCGCAGAACAGAUGCAGGCAUGUGGACCCACACUACCUCGAACCAAAAUGGCGAACAGAGAGAACUUGGAAGAGUGUUGGGAUGGACACAGACAAGUUUAAGAAUGCAAGCCAGUCACCGCACUUGUAUAUUGAUAAGAAAGCACAAUCACAAGGAACUCACAGAAAAGACACAAGAUGAUGAUUUACACAAGAGCACGUUCAAAGUAAAUUGAAAUCACUAUUUACAUUUCAUGACGUUCACAAAUUGACUCACAAUGCUCACUAUUUAUAUCUGUGAAUACUUAUAUUAAACACUUUACCAAUGAUUGUCUAAACACUUU